AUGGACAUUUCCGUUUUAGCCAAAGUUGUGGCUAUUUCGUCCUCUUUUUGGUUGUCAGGCGAGAUAUUUACGUAUUCUUAUGGCGCUGUGCCUGCAGUCUUGGUAGCUACUUCAACCUCUCGGUCUUUAGCCGCAAAGCAAUGGGGCAAAUUUUACCAUAAAGGGCAUGCCUUGGGACCCACCUUAGCCAUUUUGGGAGCAGGAACCUUUGGAUGGUUGGCUUUCAAAUCGCACAACAUGUUUUAUUGGGGGGCUGCGGCUUUCGAUAUUGGCCUUAUUCCAUGGACCCUUCUUUUCAUGAUGAAAACGACCAACAGCCUACUUGAGCUUGUUGGUACGAAAGAUGAAAAGAGCACGGCGAAUGACGGCACACGAUUUACUCCCCUGGUCAACAAAUGGGCUAGUCUCAACAUCGUUCGAUCGAUUUUCCCUUUUGUCGGUGGCAUACUAGGGUUGAUGGCAGCCUUGCCUUGA